AUGUUCAGGGCAAGCGAUAACAACAACAGCAAAGUCGAAGGCGCAGCUCAAGGCAAAAGAGAGUCAAACCAAUCAGAAGACGACAAUUUUGUUCUCUUGUCUGUGCGGUGUCUUGCAAAAUCCAUCUUGAAAUCAUCUCAUAAAAAAGGAGCAAGAAAAGAGAAACUUUUGAUGAAAAAGUUGCUGUUAGGGGAGACAGAAGAAACUCAGCAGCACUCAGUAAAAAAAGCCUUAGCAUUAAAAAAGUAUCCAAGAAAAUUUUAA